AUGGAUACAGACAUUCUAUUAGGAAAUAAAGACUGUUUGUAUGAUGCAGACUUCUUAGAUCCAUUUAACAAUGAGUACCAUUGGUCAUCUUUAUUAGAUGCAACUGAUGCAUCACCAAGUGAAAUAUUGGCUGAUGCCGCUCCAAUUCUUGUGCCUCCAAUUUCGCCUGUUUUGAGCAGUAGAUCAUCACCCAAUGAAAGCAGUAAUUCAGAUUCAGGCAGUGAAGAUGACUCAAAAAACUCCAGCAACACUUCAGCUAGACAAUCAUCACUAUCCCCUUUGGACUGGACAUUUAGUGAGGACUCAAAUUACUUAAAACUUGAAGAUGUUGAUCAAUUCCUUCAAAAACCAGAGCCCAAGAAUGAAUCGGAGUCUGUUACCAGUUGUGUAUCAAAUGUCAUACAAGAGAAAAAUGGACCAGUUAUGGCAAUUGAAAAUGGUGUUAUUAAGGGAGUUAAAAUAGAGUAUGACAAUUAUGAUGGACAAAUUAAUACCUUAGCUAGGAUAAACCCACACAAAGAAAAUAAAUUAGUUCAAAAUGCCUAUUUCAAAGUUGUCAAUGAGAAUUUUCCCACCAAGAGGGAGGAUAGUCAAAUACAACUUAUAAUGGAACAGAAGAGGAUACCUAUUACACUUAAAAAGCAUCAACCAAUUGAAAUAAAAUCGGAAAAUAUUGUGAUACCAACAGAAACUACAAAGGGGGGUAAAAUUGCCAUAACACCACUUCCUCAUACAAAUAUAAGUGUUGGUAAAACUAAUGGUUGCCAACUUAAGUUUUCACCACCACAGAAAAACAUUGUUAUUAGUCCUAAAGUGGAAUUAGGUGACAGCAAUAUACAAAUAGUACAAAAUAGAACCAAAUCUUUUGAAGCAGAUAAUAUACUAAUAAGUGCCAAUGUAGAUUUAUCUAAUUUAAGUGAGGCUGAGAUAAGGGCUAUAAAGAAACAACAAAGGAUGAUCAAAAACCGUGAGUCAGCAUGUCAGUCGAGGCAAAAAAAGAAAGAAUAUGUAACAGCUAUAGAGCAGCAAUUAUUGGAGGCUCAUCAAGAAAUAGCGCGACUACGCCUUGAAAAUAAAUUGUUACGAGAUCAGCUUGAGACUAAAGGUCGAAAUCGAAAGAUUCCACGACUAGACACUUCUAUUUUAAUACCUAAGAAGAAUAUUGCAGUAUUAUUCGCCAUGGUAUUUAUGGUGUCGUUGAAUUGGAACGUAAUUGGUUGGAACAGCACACCAUUUGUCGGACCAGUUACGCAACAAAAAACAACACGACAUCUGUUGUGGGCUGAGGAGAAUUCGGACUUAAUCUCUGAUUACGACCAAUUUGUGAACCGUAGCAACGACGGCACCGAUUGUCAUAACGGCACCAUCGGGGAGUAUGAAAACAUCAACCAAACGGAAAGCAUAAGGAUAGCUGGCGAACUCAAAAGGUGGAUAGGAGACGGCAAAACGUUGAAUUGGACUAAAUCGCCACAAAAACAGCCCAGGGUGUUCACCAAUGACGCAAAAUCUAAUGACGGCCUGUUCGAAACGUACGGCCUGUUCAGCAAGCUGCCGCUGGACGGCGGCCUAGUGGACUUCCCGGGCAAGGUUCCCGAGAAGGGCGCGCGUCACAAGCUGCGGAUGCGCCGCCCGAGGAGGGGCAGGGACGCCGCCUUCGACGACGGCGCGUACCGCUACGAGCGGCUGUACCGCGAGCCGCUGCGGCAAAUGGACGACCUCCGCGCGGAGCUCGGCGAGUGGCACGCCCUGCUUGCGGCGCUGCAGCGGCGCGACGACACGUUCUACGUGGUCGGCGUGGGCAAGGGCGGGCACCUGCUGCUGCCCGCGGUCUCGCACAACGUCACCCGCCCGCCCAAGAUGGCGCUGAUACUGCCGGCCAGGACGGGAAACGAUUCAAUAAUGAAUGAUCACGUGACGCUUAUGCAGAUCGACUGUUCAGUUGUGAACACAUCUCUAGUCAAACUGAAAUCCGACGCACUACCCGAAAGUUUAAGGAAGAAAAAUAAUAUCGUGUCAAAAAGUUCUACCCCUGAACAGAAUAGCGCCAAGCUUAAAGCAAACACUAAUGGCGUACACCGCGCACACAAGCAUACAAUUACGAAGAUACUGAGCGGCACACGAAUGAUUGCUAACGGG